AUGUUCCGUUUAACCACCAGAUCAAAUACUAUCAGAUCCCUAGCAAGAUCCCGCUUCUACUCGUCAAAAGUGGAAACCGUCAAAAAGUCCGAAGAAGUUGAUAUUUCUGAAUUCACCAAACAAUCUCCAAAUUUCGCUACCCCAUGGUCUCCAUCCCAAAGAGAAAGAUCUGACUUAGUCAAUGAUGUAAGAUUUGUCCAACAUGACCUUGAAUCCCAGCCUAGAGCUUACUCUGCUAUGGAAUUGAUCCACCGUCAACCAGUCAGAUAUAUUGAGCACGGAAAUGUUGCCGUGUGUAAUGGUAAUAAGGGCAGACAUCAAGGGCACCCAAAGGUCUUCAUCAAUUUGGACCAACCUAAAGCUUCCACCUGUGGUUAUUGUGGAUUAAAGUUUGCCCAAGCCAAGUUCAAGGAUCAAGUUGAAGCUGAAUUGGCCAAGCAGAAGCUCUAA